ACGCAGUGGGCGGGGCUUAACACCAACACGGAAGUAGUUCCUGUGGUCUGCUCUGACUUGCCUGGCACCUUGGCAGCACCACACCACCUUUCUCUCUUUUUACCGAACUCACCGGCUUUGUUUGGACUCCUCCGGAACACUACAAUGCUCUCACCGAGGUUCCUGGUGCUGCGGUCGGCGGCGUCUUUGACGACCAGGUCAUUCUGCACCGGGGGCGUGUUGAAGCAGGGAAAGGCGCCGGACAUGGCUGAAGGAAAUCCACUUUUACACGUGUCUAAUGUACGAAACAGGCUGAGAGAAAUCGUUGGAGCGUCGACUAACUGGAGCGACCACCAGCAGGCCAUGUCGGAGCGCGUGUCGCUGUCGUCCAUGUUGGCAAAGUCUCAAAACGACCUUCCAGCCAAGAGGAUGAAGGACAGCUUCCUUGAGGUUCACCUGCCUCUGGGCUCCGAGCCACAGCUCCGAGAGAAAUACCUGACCUUCCACAACACUGUCAGGUUCGGUAGAAUCCUGGAGGACUUGGACAGUUUAGCAGUCCUCAUCUCUUACUCUCACACCUAUAAUACGGCAUUGAAGAGGUCUCCUCUGUCCAUUGUCACCGCCCUGGUGGAUAAGAUCGACAUGAGGCAGCACGUCAUCUAUCCUGACUGCGACAUCAAGUUCACUGGUCAUGUGACGUGGGUGGGAAAGACCUCCAUUGAAGCCAAGAUGCACAUGUCACAGUACCAUGAUGGAGCUUAUAGCCCCGUUCUGGAUGCAACAUUUGUCAUGGUGGCCCGGGAUCCAGAGAACAAGAGGGCAGCUUUUGUGAAUCCGCUGAAGCCAGAAGGUCCAGAGGAGGAGAAGAUAUUCCAGGAAGGAGAAACUAAUAAAUCCCGCCGUGUGGAUCUGAGCACCGCGUCGUUGCUGAAGGUGGCGCCCACAGACGAGGAGAGGAAGAUCGUUCACAGUCUGUUCCUCAACACGCUGGACUCAAAGACGGUCAGUUUCCGCAGCAGAGUUCUGCCUCCAAACUCGGUGUGGAUGGAAGACGCCAAACUGAAAGGACUGGAGAUCUGCCACCCUCAGGAGAGGAACAUCUUCAACAGGAUAUUUGGAGGUUUUCUGAUGAGGAAAGCCUACGAGUUGGGCUGGGCCAACGCCUGCUCCUUCGGAGGAUGUCGACCCCGUCUGGUGGCUGUUGAUGACAUCCUCUUCCAGAAACCCGUGGAGAUCGGCUCCCUGCUGCUGCUCUCGUCACAGGUGUGUUACACACAGGAAGGGCACAUCCAGGUCAGAGUUCACAGCGAGGUGUUCGACCCGCUGACCCGCCAACACAACACCACCAACGUCUUCCACUUCACCUUCGCUUCUGACCGCGACGUCCCCAACAUCAUCCCGAUGACAUACGGAGAGUCGAUGCUGUACCUGGACGGGAAGAGACACUUUAAUCAGACUGUGGAGCCCUGAACGCAACACGCCUGCUGCAUGCCUGCCAAAGCCUUUCAGCAUCUGACCAACGAGAUCUGUGUGUUUGUGUGUGUGUGUGAGGUCAGUUAAGACUGUUCUGGUGGUUUAAACGUUAGCGUAGAGAGGACCACUACAGUACAACACACAGACAGCUCCUUUUUUAUUAUUCAUUUAUAUUUUAUUUACUCUUAAAACUACAAGGUGAUUUGUUUGACACCCAGUCAGCGUUUACAGCUUCUCAACAGUCAAAUGAAGCCAAAGUUUACUGGCCUGUUCAUAACAUCAUAUGUAUUCCUGACUCGCAUUGCUACGUUACAUUUUUAUAUUCCACUGUCGCUUAUACGCACAAAACUCUUUGUCUUUAUUUUUUUAUUUUACGUAGGGAUGGGAAGCUUCAUUCUGAAUGUGUCAGACUGCUGCGAGAGGGAAGAAGGCGUGUAUCAUGUAUUUACUCAAAUGCAAUAAAUGAAUUCUUAUUUAUCUUGA